UGCAAGAAAAAUUUCCAUGUCACCAUUAUGACAGACUUUUUUCAUUAUGAUGAAGAUGUUUUCUGUGUUAAUCACUCCAGCCUUCAGCUGCGUUUGUAUGGCAAAGAUGGAAGAAAGGGGAAGGACAACUUAUAUGUGCCAAAUGCUAUGCUGGGGCCUUUAGACAUGUUCCCAUUUAACCUUCACAACAGCCCUGUGGAAUGGAUGAUGCUGACCCUGAGGAAAGAAACUAUGACAACAUGCUGAAAAUGCUGUCAGAUCUGAAUAAGGACUUGGAAAAGCUAUUAGAAGAGAUGGAGAAAAUCUCAGUGCAGGCAACCUGGAUGGCCUAUGACAUGGUGGUGAUGCGCACCAACCCUACGCUGGCUGAGUCCAUGCGUCGGCUGGAGGACGCCUUCGUCAACUGCAAGGAGGAGAUGGAGAAGAACUGGCAAGAGCUGCUGCAUGAAACCAAGCAAAGGCCGUAGGCCCCACUGGCCCACCACAGCUGCCAUGCCACCCUCUGCCCGUAUGAAGAGGUCACUGGGGGAUGGAGCUGGCACCCACAUGAAUAGCUGUAUGCACUGUACUUGUUUCUUAAUAAACUUAUUUUUAAGCACA